UUAUCUAACUUAUAUCGUCUCGUUCAGGAUAGGAAAUUGAACUCGUAUUCUCGAAUAAAGUGACAAAAUGACUCAUGCGUUUAAAAACUGUUCAAACCUAAUGGUCACCGGAGCCAGUCGAGGUCUCGGGCUGCAGAUAGUUGAGAGUCUGGUAACGGGAGGCUUCUCUCCCGGGAAGAUUAUUGCUACAGCUCGCAAUCCAGAUGGAGCCAAGGAAUUGCAAAGUUUGGCAGAAGAGCAUCAAAACAUACACAUAAUUAAACUGGAUGUUACAAGUCAGGAGAGUAUAGAGAGAGCUGCAUCUGAGGUGGAACAGCUUGUUCAAGAGGCGGGUCUCAACUGUCUCAUCAACAAUGCUGGAAUUAAUGUAGUUGCCAACCUUGAGACAGUCACUGCAGACAAGAUGUUGGAAAACUUCCAUACCAACUCUGUUGCCCCGUUGAUGAUCACCAAGGCCAUGCUCCCACUGCUGAAGCGAGCAGCUGCAAAAGAAAUGGGGAUGGGCAUCCACAGAGCAGCAGUCAUCAAUAUGACGUCUCUACUGGGUUCAGUUGAGCUCUACUGGGGUGAUCGUGCCAACAGUUUCAAAUGGUACCCCUACAGAACAUCAAAGAGUGCACUGAACAUGGUCACCAGAUGCUUGGCAGUGGACCUGGAGGCAGAUGGGAUCCUGUGUAUGGCUCUGCAUCCAGGCUGGGUACGCACUGAUAUGGGUGGACCUGAAGCACCAUUGAGCCCUGAGGAAAGCAUAUCCUGUGUGUUGUCUGUGAUUGGUGGUUUGACUGAAAAGGAUCAUGGGUCAUUUCUUCACUAUACUGGUGAACAGCUACCCUGGUGAUGCUGCUGAUGUUUUUUAGAUGCAAGCAAUAGAAGCUUUAUUAUUGUUUUGCUAGAUAUAUAU